CGUGGGGCGAGGAGCCGCGGCGUCGUGGGACGGCGAGCCGCGGGCGCGAACCCACGGGGUGUUGGUGCAGAGUGAAGGAUGGAAGCAGAGCAUUUUUGUAGGAGUAUUGCAUGGUAGUACUUCUACAUCUACUAGGUGCAGCCACGCAAGCAGCUCACCCUUGUGAUUUAUGUGGCCCCAUCUUGAAACAUAUUUUGUUCCUGGAAGGAACACACUGUGGACUUCAGACUUACACAUGUGGGGUAUAUGGGAGACAGUUGUCGUUCAUUACAGACUUUAACUGGAACUUAAAGCAUUACAGUGUAGAGAAACCUUCACAAAGAGAUGAAGGCAAGACUUCAUUGGUGAAGAACUGCAGAGUUUGUGAAGAGCUCACUUAUUAGAAAACCCCUUUAAAUGUGAGGUGGAGCAGAAGAACUUCCAGGCUAGCUUGGGCCAUUGCCAACAAAAGAUCACCCAUAACAAGAGGAAGACAGCCCAGAGAACUGCAAGCAGGGAGAUCCUGCAUGUUGGACAAAUGCAUUACAAGUGCAGUGAAUGUGGGAAAGCUUUCAGUCGCAAAGAUACACUUGUCCAGCACCAGAGGAUCCACAGUGGGGAGAAGCCUUAUGAGUGCAGCGAGUGUGGGAAAGCCUUUAGUCGGAAAGCUACACUGGUCCAGCACCAGAGGAUCCACACUGGAGAAAGACCGUAUGAGUGCAGUGAAUGUGGAAAAGCCUUUAGUCGAAAAGACAAUCUUACUCAGCACAAGAGAAUCCACACAGGAGAAAUGCCUUAUAAGUGUGGUGAAUGUGGAAAAUAUUUUAGCCAUCACUCUAACCUAAUUGUACACCAGAGAGUGCACAACGGAGCAAGGCCUUACAAGUGCAGUGAUUGUGGGAAAGUCUUCAGACACAAAUCCACACUUGUUCAGCAUGAAAGCAUCCAUACAGGGGAAAAUCCUUAUGAUUGCAGUGAUUGUGGGAAAUCCUUUGGCCACAAAUACACUCUUAUUAAACAUCAGCGAAUUCACACUGAGACUAAGCCUUUUGAGUGCACUGAAUGUGGCAAGUUCUUUAGUCGAAGCUCUGACUUUAUUGCACACCAGAGGGUUCACACAGGGGAAAGGCCUUUUGUGUGCAGUAAAUGUGGGAAAGACUUCAUCAGGACCUCCCACCUAGUUCGGCAUCAGAAAGUGCACACAGGAGAAAGGCCCUAUGAGUGCAGUGAGUGUGGGAAGGCCUACAGCUUAAGCUCCCACCUCAUUCGGCACCAGAAAAUACAUGCUGCAGGCCGGCUUUAGCUGAGCUGUUCACACAGCAGGAUUCGUCAGUGAGAUGUCAGGCCUCACAUGAACAUUCACACAGGGACAUACCUUGUUUGCCAGAUAUUCGGCGGCUUUCCAGGUCUGUGUUGCACUUCCUGACCACCUCAAGUUUCUGCCAAGACUCAUGCCUGAACUCAUCUCAACUUCUCCAGCUUAGUUACCCAACAUCUUCAGGGACAGUAGCACUUGUACUCUCUCCAAUGCCCAGGGUGAGCCAUGGGACAUCUGAGUUCAGAGGGUCCUCAUUCCCUUUUGUGUGACUGGAGUGGGUGUGAAUGUGACCCAUCUCUGGUGGCUUUCAGAUGUUUUCUUUCAUGAUGGACAUUGUUGAUCUUACAUAAAAUCUGUCCUUGAACUCAUGGGCUCAAAUGAUUCUGAGGCCUCAGCCCUCAAGUAAUUGGGAUCACAAGCACAUGUCACUGUGCCCAGCUUUUACUUGAAAUUUCAAUGGAUGUUUUCAGCCUCCCAAGUCACCUAGCCUGGAAAAGUACCUCCUCAUGUUGCUCUGGUUUAUAAUAAUAAAGGCCUUAUAAUUUAAGCCACCUUUAA